UUUUUUUUUCCUCGUCCUUUCGUCUUUUACUUUCUAUCAUCUUUCAUUUAUAGGAUGGCCAAUGCUUCAUCCAAAAAGAUUGCAGCUGCCAACACAAAGACACUUUCUAAUCUACAAAUAGGUUUUGCUUCCGUCAAUAUUGUUUAUAUUCUUUGGAGAGUGAUAUAUCUUUGGGGAUCAUUUUCAAAAUCUCUUGGUUUUUUGUACAUCUUGACAACUGGACUCACUUUGCUUUUUUAUUCCAUUCUGAAGUCUUCAGGCACACCUACCUAUAAUAUUGACGGAACAUUACGAUCAAGUGGCGAUGAUUUGAACUCUGAAGGUCUUACAGCAUAUAUGUUUGAUAUCAUCUAUAUUACUUGGUUUGUUCACAUCUCCACUGCUUUUAUUUCCAACAAGUUUUGGUAUACCUAUCUUGUGAUUCCAGGAUAUGCAUUAUACAAAGGUCUACCGUUGGUGAUGAAGUAUUUUGGAAGUACUGGUGGAAAUGGUAAUGAAUCAAAUGAAGCUAAUACUAGUGGCAAAUCCAAACGACAACAAAAGAUGGAAAAACGUGGUGGCAAGGUCAAAUAUGUACGAUAACUAUUCUAGGGUUGUUGUUGUUGCAUAGUCAAUUGUGCCCUCUAUAGAUUUUUUUAAAAAGAAAAAAUCCAACAUAGUGAUUAGUGAAUAUAUAUAUAUAUAUAUAGUAUAGUUUCCCAAU